AUGCAUCCUGCACUCGAACAAACAGACCUGCUGUUGCUCAUCUUCGAGAGGCUAGAGCUGCAUGCGCAUAGUAAUCGUGAGGGCACCAAGCAACCGGAUCUUCUACGAGCUGCGCUGACGUGCAAGACGUUCAGCGAUGUGGCUCUGAGAAUAAUGUGGAAGCGCCUCGAUAGGAUUCACCAUCUCCUACGGCUCAUUCCCGGUAUUGUGAUGAGAAAUGGUUUCUGCUUAUUCCCAGUAUGGGAACCUGUGGCUGCUUGCCAUAUUCAACGAUUUUGCAAGUACGCGUCGUAUGUGACGUCUUUAGACUAUUCUGGUAGUCCGAAGAUCCACCCCUCAGUGUGCGAAGGGCUACAGUCACUCCGUCUCUCUCCCGUUCUUCCGAAUCUGCAACAGCUGAACUGGUGGGGCGUCCCCAUCGAUGGACUACUCCCUACACUUGUCGCAGAAAAUUCUAGUCUACUUUCGAUGGAUAUCUCUCUUCGGCCGGAGUCUAAUAUGCCGGAUAGUAUUGCAGAGCUGCAGGCUAUCGUCCAUAAGCUCCACACUCACGGUCCUCGCAUGCAGCGCCUACGUUUGACAGACAUACCGGUCGGUGUCUCAUUACAACGCCUCGCCCAGCUGAAGCAUCUUCAUGACUUGCUAUUAUGGUUCGAAACUUAUACACUAUCUGACAUCCGUCCUGGCGAUCUGCUCACCUGGGAUACCUUCCAUGCCAUGUCCCCCUUUGAUCGAUUCCGGAGACUUGACAUUGAUGUAUCAAACCUACACCUCCCGUCAGAUUGCCCCUCUCUUCGAUUCGUCGCGCUCGAAAUGCUGACUUUGAGAGGGCCCCUAUCACUUGCGACGGCGCUUUUGGUCCAUAUUCAGUCAGACACCUUGAUGUCCCUCAAUCACUCUGGCAUAGACCCGGACUCGGGGCUACCAGCCUUACUGAACACUGCUCCGCCCUUCCCCCACCUCUGCCACCUCCGACUGGAAGUUCCCCACACAUUGAGCAGAUACCCGGGGAGGGAUAUCCUCUCUCGAUUUCUCCUAUCCCCUCGGCUCCAAACCCUGGACAUCAGUUGCACUCCCGGAUCCAUCCUCUUCUCAAAAGAUGAUUUCGUGGAAAUGGCUCAUGCGUGGCCGCAGUUGACUGAACUAUCCCUCACCGUCCUCCGUUCGCGGGAUAUACAUGUAGAUGGACCAGAUGCACGGCUACCCUCAGUCCCUCUGAGCGUCCUGGAGGCGUUUGCGCGACACUGCCCGGAACUCAGGGAGUGGAGUGCGCCCGUCAUAUACGACACUCCCCUCCAGACCGUCUCCCCUCCAGUGGCGCACGAGAACCUUGAAUCGCUGUUCGUCUCCACACCUGCCCCCGAUACGCCGACGGCGGGGGAAGCAGCACGCUUCGUAUAUAGUAUUUUCCCGUCAGUCCAGACGAUAUAUGAGCGCGCGGCAUAUAGGACGAUAGAGGCGAUGGUUCGGUGUCUUCGAAUGGGUAGGCAGGAUUUUCUGUCUGGCAAUUCGGAGUGGGAUUCAGAAAGCGGUGAGGGGGAUACUGCAUCAUCAACGUAA